UCUGGCGUAGUAUCAGUUGGUCUCUCAACUUGGAUAGCUCGUGAUCACAAAUAUAUUCUUUUGAUCGAAUUCAACAACCACAUUAAGUCAUUAAAUAAUUACCAUAAUGAAGAAAUCAUUAUCAAUUAUAUUCAUAUUCACGUGUAUUUUGAGAAUUGAAUCACGACCACAGAUGAUGAUGGAUCCAGAUUAUGAUCUCAUGGAUGACAUUUUUGUAGCUGAUGGAUUCUCUUUUGAUGGACCUGCUGAUCGAAGUAAUCCUAACUUUAUGAACAAUAGACCUCCUCUAACAGUAACUGAUCAACCAAUUGUUAACGUAAAUAAUCCUACUACUGGUACUGUAUCUACUACGAUGUCACCAGUCUUGACUAAUUGUAUUCAGUCAUGCUUGGCUACGUCAGAAUUUAAUCCGGUCUGCGGUACAGAUGGAGUCGAUUAUAACAACCCCGGACGACUUACUUGUGCUCAGCGAUGUGGUAAAGAUGUAAGACUGCGAUAUUUCGGACGAUGUUCCACCACAAACCCACGAGGCUAAGUUUCAUGGGUUUGGUGAAUUUUAGAUGACAUUUUGACGUCAUUUCCAUUCUUCAAUUUGCUCAUAAAAAUAUUCCAACGACUUCAUUUAAACUUAAAUUAGUUAAUUUAUACAUUUUUCACUGUUAUCAUUAAAGAAAUUUGAUUCAUCGAUUACAUUAAAUAAUAUCUUUUAUAUUAGUUUUUUAAGAGCAGAAAAUCAAAUGUUAUAAAGAGAUUUAACUUUGGAUAAAGAUUUAGAAUUUAUUAAAAUUUAUUGAGAAAGUCUGUAGAGAAAUAUUUGUAAUUAUUUAGAAAACAUUAUAAUAAUGAUUACACUGUAAAUCUGAGUUUUCCAAAUUAACGCAUUUCUAAGUGUGUAAAAAGCGACUACAAUGUUAAUCAAAUGGGUGACGUCAUAUUAAACACACUUAUCCGCAUUAAAAUAAUGCAUUUUGGAAAACUGGGAUUUACAAUGUAUGUUAAAAUUCAAA